CCACAGUCCACACGAUAAAACACCGCACAGGGUCGGUCUACAGUCUACAGUACAGACUCUAGUUAAAAAAUUUCCAGAAUUUUAAACCCUAGUUGCUUUUACCAGAGUUUGACCUCUAUUAAACAAAUUGAAAAAGCAUUUUGGAGUCCGGCAAUACAUACAUGUUCAGUUGUUCGCACACUGGUAGUAGUCACUGAGAGAGACUCUCCUUUUUCGCCUUGCACCUCACUCUCCCUCUCAGACAAACCCACGGUACCCGUCUCAGUCGAACGAUCGAUCGCCGGCGAUAGUCUCAGAUAUGGAUAUGAACUCUGCACAAGAUGAGGGAUGGGAAGAAUAUGGAAAGAAAACUAAAAACAAAAAUAAGAACAAUGCAGGAAAGCAAUGGGGGGCACAACAAUCUAACACUAGGGCAUGGGGUAACUCUGGUACCACGGAAAAACAUGGAUUGCAAGGUCAUGCUGGGCUGGGAAGGGGUUCAGGACAGAACAGGCCUACACAACCUUCUGAUUCUAGAAAAAACCCUGGCAGAGGGUAUUCCAAACCCCAUUUCUCUAACCAGACUCCUGCUCCUCACUAUGGUGUACGUCCUGUUGCAAUUCCCCCUCCUCUGAAAAAUGGAUGGGGAUGGUCCAAUAGGGCUACUUCCAGUCAUUCCUCUAAUGAUAGCGUGGAAGCCCACAAACUUCACCCUAUUAGCAAUCAGACCCCAGUAUCUGACGAAGUUGAUGAUGACGCUGAAGAAUCUGAAGAUGACAUCGAUGACAGUGAUAGUGAUGAUGGUUUCGAUUCCGAUCAAAGCCAAAAAAGUCAUGACACAAAGAAGAUGAACAAAUGGUUUAAGGAACUUUUUGUUUCUCUUGACGGGUUGACUGUUGAGCAGAUUGGUGAGCCUGAAAGACAGUGGCAUUGCCCGGCAUGCAAAGGAGGCCCUGGUGCUAUUGAUUGGUAUCGUGGCUUGCAGCCCCUCAUCUCGCAUGCGAAGACCAAGAGAUCCAAACGGGUGAAGCUUCACCGGGAACUUGCUGCGCUGUUGGAGGAAGAAUUAAAGAGGAGGGGAACAUCGGCUGUGCCAGCUGGUGAAGUGUUUGGAAAAUGGAAGGGACUUGAAGAAGAACCUGACAGAGAAAUUGUUUGGCCACCGAUUGUGGUCAUCAUGAAUACCAGGCUGGAGAAAGAUGACAAUGACAAGUGGAUUGGAAUGGGGAACCAAGAGCUUCUGGACUACUUCAGUGCAUAUGCUGCUCUGAAGGCCCGACAUUCAUAUGGACCACAAGGACACCGAGGGAUGAGUGUGCUGAUUUUCGAGGCCUCGGCGGUGGGUUAUGCUGAGGCUGAACGUUUGAGCAAGCACUUUGAAGACAAUUUCAGAGACAGGGUUGCCUGGGCAAGAACUAAGGUUCCCUUUUACUCUGGAGGUAAACGCCAACUGUAUGGUUACAUGGCAGAGAAACAUGAUAUGGACAACUUCAACCAGCAUUCUCAAGGUAAGACCAAACUGAAGUAUGAGAUGCGUUCGUAUAAGGAAAUGGUUGUCAGUCAGAUGAAGCAGAUGAGUGAGGACAAUCAGCAGAUCCAUUGGUUAAAACACAAAAUUACUAAAGAGCAGAUGAGCAAGAAAGCUCUGGAAGAGUCUCUUGGUCUUGUGGCAGAAAAGCUUCGGAGGACCAUGGAUGAGAAUCGGGUAGUGAAACUUAAAACUAAAAAACAUCAUGAGCAGAACAAAGAGGAGAUGGACAGCCAAGAAAAGUUCUUCCAAGAGCAAAUCCAACAGUUCUACGAUGCAAGAAAUGAAAAGGAAGAGCUCUUUGAGAAACUCCAGCAGCUCGAACGGGAGAAGUUCACUCAGUCAGAUGCAAAUGCAUCUCUUGGAGAGGACCGCCUUCGCAGGGCUGAGGAAAUUGACAAAUUCAUACAGCUGCAAGACAAAGAAAUGAAAGAGUUUCAGGAGAAGAGGGAGAGUCUUAUUAAGGCGCACGAGGGGAGGAUGAUGGAGCUGAUGCGCCGUUAUUGGGAUGAGAAAAUGGCUCUUGAGAAGGAACUUGAUGAGGAGCUCAAUAAGCUGAUGGAGGAGUACGCACCUGGCCAGAUUAUCAACUGAGUUUCAAAAACUGGAUAGCAGUUUUUAAUUUGACUUGAGCAACACCCAAAUUUGAAUGAAACGCCAAACAUUUAGUGAAAUGCAUGACAAUGGCGAGACAUUGGCUGAUACCAAUUGAUAACCAUAUUUGACUUUGGAAAUUUGACGAUGCCGGGUUCUUUUGUUUGAAGAAUUUAGCUGUUGCGCUCCUUUCCUUUCCAGUUUCUAUUGUUUUCUUGUCUUGAUUGUUUUUUAAAUGCUUGCCAAAAAUGGGUUUGCGUGUUUUUGGUUUUAGUAUUAAGAAAUUUCGCGGAAUUAACCAAUUUAUAUUCAUGUUUCUUUUAAUGUGACUACCUACUUUAAAGUAUAUUUUUAUUGGAAC